CCUGACCCUGGGCGGGGAGAGAAUCCCACCGGUAGGCAGGGUGGGGAGCUCGCGGCCCCGCCUCCCCCACCUGACUUAGUUGGAAGGGAGCUGCCCUCGGCGGGGAGCGUCCGGGAGCUGGGGACGGAGCCAACCUGCGGAGAUGGAGGCGGCCGGCACCUGGGCGCUGCUGCUGCUGCUCCUGCUGCUCCUGCUGCUGCCGCUGGCGCUGUCCGCGACCCGCACCCGAGGCCGCCUGCCCCCCGGGCCCGCGCCGCUGCCGCUGCUGGGCAACCUCCUGCAGCUCCGGCCCGGGGCGCUGUACUCGGGGCUCCUGCGGCUGAGUAAGAAGUACGGGCCGGUGUUCACCGUGCACCUGGGGCCCUGGCGGCGUGUGGUGGUCCUGGUUGGGCACGAGGCUGUGCAGGAGGCCCUGGGAGGCCAGGCCGAGGAGUUCAGUGGGCGGGGAAUGUUGGCAACACUGGACCCCACCUUCGACGGCCACGGGCUUUUCUUCUCCAAUGGGGAGCGGUGGAGGCAGCUGAGGAGAUUUACCCUGCUCACUCUGCGGGACCUGGGCAUGGGGAGGCGAGAAGGCGAGGAGCUGAUCCAGACCGAGGCCCAGUGUCUGGUGGAGGCCUUCCAGGGAACAGCAGGACAGCCAUUUGACCCCUCCCUGCUUCUGGCUCAGGCCACCUCCAACGUUGUCUGCUCCCUCACUGUGGGCCUCCGAUUCCCCUACGAGGAUAAGGAGUUCCAGGCUGUGGUCCAGGCUGCCGGUGGCAUCCUGCUGGGGAUCAGCUCCCCUUGGGGCCAGGCCUAUGAGAUGUUCUCCUGGCUCCUGCAGCGCCUCCCAGGCUCCCAAACCCAGCUCCUCAGCCACGUGGGCAUCGUGGCCACCUUCGCCAUGGAGCAGGUGAAGCAGCACCAGGGGAGCCUGGACCCCGCGGGCCCUCCACGCGAUGUUGUGGAUGCCUUCCUGCUGAAGAUGGCAAAGGAGGAAUGCGAUUCAGACACAGAAUUCACCGACAAGAACAUGCUGAUGACCGUCAUUUAUCUGCUGUUCGCGGGGACGGUGACCAUCAGCGCCACGGUCCGCUACAUCCUCCUGCUCCUGCUGAAAUACCCUCAGGUCCAAGAGCGCGUGCACGAGGAACUGACAAGGGAGCUGGGUGCUGGCCGGGCGCCAGGCCUGGGAGACCGAGCUCGCCUCCCGUACACGGACGCGGUUCUGCAUGAGGCGCAGCGGCUGCUGGCACUGGUGCCCAUGGGGAUACCCCGAGCCCUCACGAAGACUACCUGCUUCCGAGGGUACACCUUGCCCCAGGGCACUGAGGUCUUCCCCCUCCUGGGCUCUGUCCUGCAUGACCCCGAAGUCUUCACGCAGCCAGAGGAGUUCAACCCAGGCCGAUUUCUGGAUGUAGAUGGAAGGUUCAAGAGGCAGGAGGCAUUCCUGCCCUUCUCCUUAGGGAAGCGCGUCUGCCCUGGGGAGGGCCUGGUGCGAGCGGAGCUGUUCCUUCUCGUCACCGCCAUCCUGCAGGCCUUCUCCCUGGAGAGCCCGUGCCCAGUGGGUGCCUUGAGUCUCCAGCCAGCUGUCAGUGGCCUUUUCAACAUCCCUCCAACCUUCCAGCUGCAAGUUCGGCCCCGCUGACCUCCAUCCCACUCCAUCGUGUGGAACAAAUGAAGGAGAGGGCAUUGGGAGGUAGCAGUCUCGACCUUGGGCCUGGACAAGGCCAUGUCCAGAGCCAUAUCUAUACCACGGGAAAUCACACUCACACACCUGUAGUUGCUUUUGAGAGUUAGUCACACAGAUAGUCGUCCACAGGGCCACACUCACUGAACCACACACCCAUACACAACCACAAGGCGACUCAGCCACACAAGCUUUCUAUAGACAUAAACCCAGUCUUUCUGGAGUCAUAACCACAUGCCCAGAUAACCCACCAACGUGCAUACAACGUAAGUCCCCUGGGCUCACAACCCAUGUGUGGGAGUUCAGCUGCCACUGUAUUCUCGGCCCACAGGCCCUCUUCACUAAGCACACUUAACAGUACC